AGUCGGGCACUUCAGCAGGGCAAGCGCCCGCCAUUAGUGUCCCCCUCGUCUCCCCCCAAACCCACUCCCUCUCUUCAUCUGAGACUCGAGGAAGGGCGAAGCCCUAGCUUCGAGCUGGCUGGCCCGCGGUCUUUUUGAUUGGAUUCGAGCUGCUCCUCUUUGAUCUUUUCUAAAGACAGGAUCGGAAUCGGUUCUCUUUCUUGAUUCGGAAGGCAAGAUUCUUGGGAUUUGGCAGCCGGAGAUCUGUACGGCGUCGCUUUUUCUCUCUCUUAUUUCUGCGUGUUGAGGUUUAGAGGGGCAUUGAAUUCGGGGGUGGGUGGUCGGGGAUUGUUGCAGCCGGGGAAGAACGUUUGGUGGCCAGAUCCGGUGGUAUCGGUUGCGCAUCUGGCCGCGGACUCCUCUCGUUUGAUGCGCCUCGAAACGUAGUUCUUUGUUUGGGUUGUUGAUGGGGAACUGCUGGAGCGUGAGGAUCAAGGCGGAGAGCCCCUUCCACAGCGCUUCAGCUUCAGGUGUAAACUCUAGGAAUAAUGGCAAAGAUGGAAAUGGGUUGAGUGGUUCUAGCAGCCGGGUAUCCUCAUCUUCUGUGCCUUUGACUUGUCGUAGCGAGGAUGAGAUCUUGCAGUGUUCCAAACUGAGGUGCUUCGCCUUCAGCGAUCUCAAAACCGCCACCAGGAAUUUCCGUCCCGAUAGCGUAUUGGGAGAGGGGGGCUUCGGUUCUGUCUUCAAGGGGUGGAUCGAUGAACAUGCAUUGACGGCAUCCAAGCCUGGGACUGGGAUGGUUAUUGCUGUGAAAAGGCUCAACCAUGAUGGUUUCCAGGGUCAUAGGGAAUGGUUGGCAGAAGUCAAUUACCUGGGUCAGCUGUACCAUCCCAAUCUUGUAAGAUUAAUCGGAUAUUGCUUCGAGGACCAACACCGUCUUCUGGUCUACGAGUUCAUGUCACGGGGAAGCUUAGAGAACCAUCUUUUCAGAAGGGGGUCAUACUUUCAACCUCUACCUUGGAACCUUCGAAUGAAGGUUGCACUUGGAGCUGCCAAAGGACUGGCUUAUCUUCAUAGUGCUGAAGCAAAAGUUAUAUAUCGUGAUUUUAAGACGUCCAAUGUCCUCCUUGAUUCAAACUACAAUGCAAAGCUUUCUGAUUUUGGAUUGGCAAAAGAUGGUCCUACCGGUGACAAGACCCAUGUCUCAACCAGGGUUAUUGGGACAUAUGGGUAUGCGGCUCCUGAAUAUCUUGCAACAGGUCAUCUAACUGCCAAGAGUGACGUGUAUAGCUUCGGAGUUGUCCUUCUAGAAAUGUUAUCUGGCCGACGGGCCAUUGACAAGAAUCGCCCACCUGGAGAACACAAUCUGGUAGAAUGGGCAAGGCCUUACCUCCCACAUAAACGCAAGAUAUUUCGUGUCUUGGAUACCCGGCUGGAGGGGCAGUAUUCGCUAGGAGUAGCACAGAAGGCUGCUGCACUUGCAUUACAUUGCCUGUCCACAGAAGCCAGGUUCAGACCCACCAUGGAUGAAGUGGUAUCGACGUUGGAACAGCUUCAGGACAACAAGGACACGGCAAAAAAAUCUGAGUCUGAACCAAAAGAGCAUUCUCGGAGCCUUGGUAACAGCGGCCACGAGCUGAGCCAGAGAAGUUUGGAAGAGGCUGGGGCUAGGAAGGUUGCAUAUCCGAGACCAUGAGCUGCACCUCUUCGUUCCUAGCUGGGCGAUCCAAACUGGUGGGGCCGCCGAAGGCUUCUAAGGAGAGAGUAAUACUUAAGUGGUGUAAUUAUAUGCCUCUUUCAUUAUUGUAUAGCUACUCGUGCUAGUCUUCUUAUAGUGUAUCAGCAAAGAUAUUUCACCAUCACCACCUCAGGUGACGUCUCAGAUCAGAAUGUCAUGACCGCUAGAAGCAUAUAAUGUUAGUUAUAUUGACUAAGCAGAUGAAGAGGCUUUGUUUCUCUUUUAUUUCGGGCUGACCGUUCUCAUUUAUCUCGGCAUGUGAAUUCUCCUUGUGGAGUACACUCUUUUCUGAUGCA